CCAGAACAAAAACAAAUAUCGCAAAGAAAGAAGAGAAAGGGAAAAGUCUUGUGUUUUUUCUAUUUUAAAGAGAAACGAAAAUAUAGCAUUGAAAGAUCUCAACACAAAAGUUUCCUCUUCGGUAGAUAAACAACAAUUUAUUCUUCUCCCCUUCUAAAUUUUCUGAGUUCUAAAUCUUUUGUGGAAUAGAAUUUUGCAUUCCCAAAGAAAUUAUAAAGUUUGAAGUAAUAAAUUGAAGUGGGAAUCAGAAGAAUCCAAAAUUCAAUAAUAAAAGCUCUUUUUUUUUUAAAUAAGGAAACAGAACAAAAGAUGGAUAGUUUGUGUCUGAAUCCCGGCGUAAUUCCAGCGAUCAAAGCGGUUGGAAGCGGCGUAAGCGGUUGUGGAGGAGUUGUAGAAGUGAGAGCAAACGCAUCGCAGAAAAGGAGACCUUCUGGGUCCUCUUUCAAACACCCAUUGACGCCCUUUUGGUCCCGCGGUGGUGGAAUCGCGUCGAGAAGACGAAGCGGCUUGGGUCUGGAUGACGCUGUUCUGGUGGAUUCUGGCGAUUCAAGAAAGCCAAUCGCGGAGGAGGAGCCGUCGGCGGUGGAAAUGGAGACGGAGAGGCGAAAUGGGAGCUGGAUUUUGAAGAUCUUGGAUGUGCAUUCUAUGUGGAGAGAUGGAGAGAUAGAAGAAGAAGAGGAGGAGGAGCUAAACGACGCUGUAUUGCCUGAAGACGACGGUGUAUGUUCGGUUUUGGAAGAUGAUGGUGACGAAGAAAACAAAUUUCAGAUGCACAGAGAGUCAUUCUCUAAAUUGCUCAAGAGGGUCUCCUUGUCCGAAUCAAAACUCUAUGCCCAAAUGUCUUAUUUGGGAAAUUUGGCUUAUUCCAUUUCAAAGAUCAAGCCUGCCAAUCUCUCCAAGUAUUACGGCCUUAGAUUCGUAACUUCGUCAGCUGAGAAAACAGAAUUAGCUUUAAAGGCUCAAGUUUCAGCUGAGACCAAGCCAAAGGAGGAGGAUGAAGAAGUUGAAGACGAGGAGAACAAAGGUGCGUCUGCUGCAUAUGAGGUUGUUGCAUCAGCUGCUUCUUACCUUCAGUCUCGUACCACCAACAUUCUUCCUUUCCCUUCUUCCUCCAAAAACGAUGAUGAGGAGGAAUCGUCGUCAUCUUCUUCUUCUUUAACCAGCUCUGUUACUUGUGUUGUUGCUGCUGAGGAAGAUGUCAAACAAGCUGUUGCUGACGAUUUGAAAUCUACCAUCUCCUCUCCUUGUGAUUGGUUUAUUUGCGAUGAUGAUCAAACUCUCACCAGAUUCUUUGUCAUUCAGGGAUCGGAAUCUCUAGCUUCUUGGCAAGCAAACCUUCUCUUUGAGCCAAUUGAAUUUGAGGAACUCGAUGAUGGUGCCAUUGUUCACAGAGGUAUAUACGAAGCUGCCAAAGGAAUGUAUGAACAAAUGCUACCUGAAGUCAAAGCCCACAUCAAAGCCCAUGGAAACAGAGCUAAGUUCCGUUUCACCGGACAUUCUCUAGGCGGAAGCUUAUCCUUAUUACUAAACAUCAUGUUACUGGUUCGAGGUGAAGUAUCUGCUUCUUCUUUACUCCCUGUCAUAACAUUUGGUGCGCCCUUUGUACUAUGUGGAGGCGACAGUCUUCUUAAAAAGCUAGGAUUGCCUAAAAGCCAUGUCCAAGCCAUCAUAAUGCACCGUGACAUUGUCCCGAGAGCGUUUUCUUGUAACUACCCUUACCAUGUAGCAGAGCUUCUCAAAGCUGUUAACGGAAACUUCCGUAGCCAUCCUUGUCUUAACAAGCAGAGUAUGUUGUAUUCUCCCAUGGGGGAGCUUCUAAUCCUCCAACCGGAUGAGUCAUUCUCUCCAGGACACGAUCUACUUCCUAUAGGAAAUGGUUUAUAUCUUCUAACCGGUGGUGGUUUUGAAUCGCUGGAUGAUGAGGAGGAACAACGGUUGAGAGCUGCGCAAACGGUUUUCUUGAACACGCCGCAUCCUCUGGAUAUCCUUAGCGACAGAUCAGCUUACGGGUCGAGCGGGACCAUACAAAGGGACCAUGACAUGAACUCAUAUCUGAAAGCGGUUAGGAGUGUGAUAAGAAAAGAAGUGAGUCAGAUAAGGAGGUUGAAGAGGGAGCAUCGUCGGAGUCUCUGGUGGCCUAUUCUGGUUGCUAGAGAAAGCGGGAGGAGCUCGGGGACUGCCAUCGGUAACAACGGUCAGGAUUUCUCAGGGAUGAUGAAGACAGGAAGAAAGUCUUUGCAGAGGUUUAGCCGCCUUGUGGCCUCUCAACAUAUGCCUUUGAUCGUUGUUCUCUUGUUUCCGGUUAAGUUGUUGUUCCUUGAAGCUUUCAACGUCCUUAGUUUCCGUUGAAAUGGUUUUAUUUUGGCGGUUUAAAGUCGUUUGAUUAUAUUCCGGUAUAGACCGGUUUAGAUCAUUCUUUAUUCAUGUUUUGUUGCGUUAAUGCAGUAAAUGGAAUAUAAGGGUAUCGAAAGGACGAAAGUCCUGACCAAUGUCAUGCACACAAAGUAGUAACUUUAAUUCUAACCCAUCUGUUUUUGUGUCCCA